AUAGGGCAAUUUUUAAUGUUGGGAUUUCGUUAACGAGUAAAAACCCUGAACGAUUUGAAGGAAAACCAACUCCGUCGCUCCAUAUUCACCGAGCGGGGAGCAGAACAUAUGUCUGACAUUGUAUAAACCCGCCUUGUAUUGGGUACAGCCGCAGGAUCGAAGCCCGGAAUAAAGAUGGCCGCAAGCCUUUCCUUCCAAUCUGCAGCAAUUCUUCACCGCAUAGUGCAGUGACGUCACCCCUUCCAGAACGCCGUGACAUCAUUACGUAGACUGACCCCUGCCUGUAAGCCUAGGAAACCCUGCGAGUAGCUGCCAACGCCCGGUGGAGAGAAGGGGAGAGGCUGAGCGGGUCUGCAUUGAACCAACUUUGCUGACCUUCACACCAGAAAAUUUCAGCCAUGCAGACAAUUAAAUGUGUAGUCGUUGGUGAUGGUGCUGUGGGUAAAACAUGUCUCCUUAUCUCAUACACAACAAACAAGUUCCCUUCUGAGUAUGUACCAACGGUUUUUGACAAUUAUGCCGUAACAGUUAUGAUCGGAGGGGAACCAUACACCCUAGGGUUAUUUGAUACCGCAGGACAGGAAGAUUAUGAUAGAUUACGACCUCUUAGCUAUCCACAGACAGACGUGUUUCUAGUUUGUUUCUCAGUCGUCUCUCCAUCUUCAUUUGAAAAUGUGAAAGAAAAGUGGGUACCUGAAAUCACUCAUCACUGUCCCAAAACUCCAUUUCUGCUGGUUGGCACCCAGAUAGAUUUAAGAGAUGAUCCUUCAACAAUUGAGAAACUGGCAAAAAACAAACAGAAACCAAUCACUCCAGAGACAGCCGAGAAACUGGCCCGUGAUUUAAAGGCAGUUAAAUAUGUGGAGUGUUCUGCACUCACACAGAGAGGUCUGAAGAAUGUGUUUGAUGAGGCUAUCCUAGCUGCCCUCGAGCCUCCGGAAACUCAGCCAAAAAGGAAGUGCUGUAUAUUCUAAACUGGUUUCUUCUUCCCCUCUUGAUGCUGCUUCCUCUGCCCACUUACUGUAGCAACUCGUAUUAAAAAGGGAAAAUAAUGAAUAAAAACAAGAUGUUAAAAAACCUGUGCGUCUUUCCUUAAACUAUCCCAAAAUUACUUGCAUUAGCUCCCCUUGUAUUUUCAUUACAAGGCAACAAUUGGACUCUCUUAACUGUUUCUUGGGUUGCCAUACGCAUUUAUCAGCCUUAAGAAUUGUUCUGGUCCAAAUGUUUAUGUUUAGCUAAAAAUUGUCUUGUUUUUUUGGCAUAGAUAAUGGCUGUUUUCUUUUUGUGAACACUUAACCAUUUGGCAGUCAAAAGAGCACAAUUGCUGGGUUUCUUUACAGCAAAAGGGUAAUGUGUUGGGAAGGGGGUUCCUUUAAAAGCCUGAAAAGGCCCCAGUGGUAAUAUAUUUACAUGGUACUGUUGUAAGAUAGGAUUUUUGAUAGAACUAAAAGACUUCAGUUUAAAAUUCCCUCUUCUAUAAUGUGGUUUUGUUUGAUUUAACUUUGCCAAUUAGACGGGUUACAAAUUUUGUUUUGAUUGGCUGACCGCUCUCUAUUCUUCCAAUAUAACUUUGUGCAAUGAUGGAAAUGAGAUAUUUUACGUGUGAUAAAAUUGUGUACCAUUUCUUAAUCGCACAAGGUAAGGUAUGCCACAAUUGCUUACUUGGGUGUUGCUUGCAUAUAAUGCUUAAUAGUGAAAAUGCCAUUUCAUUAGUUCAUUAUAGGGUUUCUUUCUAUAAGUGCAAAGUGUAUUGCUAAAUAUGGCUGUCAAAGCACGCUGCCCUCACAAUGAGUGGAAAUUGAGGGGGCCACGACUCUGACAUGCUCUCACUAGAGCAAAACACAUGGACCUCAUGUUUGUUGUUAAAGCUUUUGUUUAAUAGGCUGUUCCUGAACUCUGUAAAACAUUUCAAGUAACCUGUACAAUGCCUGCUAAAUGUUUGGUGCUUUUCCCAUUCUUUAUAUUACAUGCUGCCGUAUGUGCCAUGUGCCGCUUCUAAAUGAUUCUUUUUACUGAAACAUUGUGGACUUGAUCGGAAAGAGAGCUUCAAAAAUGAACUGUUUUCAACCAAAGAGGACUUUGCUAAACACAUGAAUACCAUGAUGCCCCAGUAUUAUCUUAAUAUGCUUUCUCAAGGGUUUCCUAGUCUCCUGGAGUCUUUUAUCAGGUUAAAUCUGCUUGGUGUUUUCACUGAAAUGAGCUGUACUGUUUUCAUUGCUUGUCUAUUCCUAAAUACAUAUUUUAAGUUGAACUGUA